AUGGUUGGAUGGGGUGUUUUGCAGGAUCCAAGGUAUCCAAAUAUCCCUGGAACUGUGAACCUUGGUGAAAAUACCAUUGGUGGUGAUGGUUCAUCAAAGGAAGAGAGUUGGGAUUACGUUGAGCCAAAGAAGAGGGGUGAGACUGUUCUCAACCCUCAACCUUCGGAAAGUCCCAAUGAUCCUCUCAAUUGGUCUACUGCUACCAAAAUGUCCAUUCUUCUCAUUUUAGCUUUGACUGCUGGUGUCACUGUCUCUCUCGGUCCAAUGAUUACUACCGGUUCCGAAGAUGUAGCUACAGCUUUUGGGGUCACUACCGAUCAAGUUUCCUUCAAUAUUGUCGGAGUCAUGCAACUUACAACUGGUUCUGGUACAUUCUUCACCGCGGCUGCAGCUGCCGUAUGGGGAAAACGUCCAGUGUUCAUUAUAUCUACAUUUGGUCUCUUGGCAACCAAUAUUUGGGGUUUCUUUUCUAAUAGUUUUAUAUCACUUUCCAUAACGCGAGCUGUACAAGGCUUUUGCGCUUCUCCUCUUGAGACACUCGUCAGUGCUACAGUUUCGGAGAUUUUCUUUGUACAUGAAAAGGGUAAGAUGUUGAGUAUAUGGAAUUUGUUCGUUAUGGGUGGUGUUAAACUUGGUCAACUCAUCGCAGGUUUCAUUAUCCAAUCCUUAGGAUUCAAAUUUACCUUUGGAAUUUGCGCCUGUAUCUACGCCAUGAUCAUCCCAGCGAUGUAUUUCUUCGUACCCGAAACCCUCUACGUUUCUCCCACCAAUCCUCCAACCCAACUCAUCAUCGACAAAACCGAAGGUCGAGUCUACGAAAUUGUUCUUCCAGAUAUAAAGAAAACUUUCAAAGAAGGCCUUUCUAUCUUCAAUGGACGUAUCUCACAAGCCAGCUUUUGGGCACUCGCCGCCAAGCCAAUUCCUCUAGUUACUUUCCCUGCCGUUAUAUUCAGCGCCUUUACAUAUUCGUUUUAUGCCGCCGGUUUAUCACUCAUUGCUUUACUUCAAGACACCAUAUUCAGCGCCCCUCCAUACAAUCUCUCAUCUUCUGCCAUUGGACUCACCAAUCUUCCACUCUUCGGCGUUGGACUUGUCGGAACCCUAGUUUCAGGAUACUGCGCAGAUUUAGUUGUAAAAUGGAUGACACGUCACAACAAUGGAAUCUACGAACCUGAAUUCCGUCUUGUCCUCAUGUUUGUCGCUGCUUCAUUCUCAACUGUCGCUUAUAUUGGGUUUGGAUACUCUGUUGAAGCCGGAGCAUCAAUUUACAUCCCCAUUACAUUUUUGGGAGUUCAGACAUUUGCAGUUCCAUUCGCGACUAGCAGUAUGUUUACAUAUGUUAUGGAUUGUCAUAAUAGAUUGGCACCACAAGCUUUCGUGACGAUGAAUUUUAUCAAGGCAGUGUUAUCACUUAUCAUGAGUAAUUUCGUCAACGGAUGGUUUGAGGCAAGUGGUGCUAAGAGUGUGUUCACAACUGUAGCGAUUGCCAAUCUUGCAGUUUCUGCAUUUGCGAUUCCUAUGUAUAUUUUUGGAAAGAGAUUGAGGAGUAAGGUUGCUAGGAGUUCUUUCCAUCAGAAAUUCUAA